UCUCAAAUCCCAGUCCCCUCUUCGUUCUCUUCCUCCCUCAUCCCCUCCCACUCCCUUUCAGUUUAUUCCUCUGAGGGUUUCCUUUCUCUCUCUCAUCUCCAGCCCACCUCAACAUCUUCUCUCUCUCUCUCUCUCAUCUCGUGAAUCAGUAUUCUCCCUGAAGGUUCCUUCUCUCUCCAUCUGGUCGUCGAUUUCGCCUAAGCUCACAAUUGAUUGAAGGACGAGGUUCCUCACUUCGGCCUGAGGAGAGCGACAGAGAGAGGGGGUCGAAAAUUAGACCUUCGGGUUCGGAGGAGAGAGAGAGAGACGCGGGUGAGGGGAGAAAUCCUUGCAAUUCGAUUUUUUUCCCUACAAUCAAUUCUAGUUUACAUUCUAUAAAAUUCAUACGUGUCAAGCAACCGAGCACACGCCGCAGAACCUUCCGUCGUCGCCGCUCUCAUCUCUGCACGGGACUCUGAGUGUGCAUCUGGUGUUGACGGUCGAAGUUACUUGCUAGUGAGAAUGGUUGAGUUUCUUUUUGAAGAUAUUUUUAGGGUUGAGCGUAUUAACCCAGAUGGUAAAAAGUUUGAUAAAGUUAUCCGGGUGGAAGCAAAAAGUGAGAAGUUCGACAUGUUCAUGCAUCUAGAUGUGAUGGUUACAAAGGAAUUUAUACUGAAGGAAGGUGAUAAGUUUGCAAUGGUACUAGCUCCAACACUAAAUCUGGAUGGAACACCUGAUACUGGCUAUUAUACUCCGGGCAAUCGGCAGUCACUUGCAGACAGAUUUGAUUAUGUAAUGUAUGGGAAGCUUUAUAGAAUUGCUGACGGUUCAGGACGUGGAACAAAAGCGGAGAUGAACAUUUCAUUUGGUGGGCUUCUGAUGAUGCUGAAGGGAGAUCCAUCUCAUUGCAACAAGUUUGAACUUGAUCAGAGGCUAUAUAUCCUCAUGAGGAAGGUGUAAAGUUAAGCUAUUUGAUCAGAGUGUUACUUACUUUAUCUCUGUCUGUUAUGGAAGCUCUCUCUACUUUCCAAGCCCCUAAUCGGCUAUGUUGAUAUGCGAUGCCAUGACAGCUUUUCAGUUUAUAAUUGGCAAUGCUAAACUUAUGGUAAAAUGAACAAUUUUGUACCCA